AUGUGGAUCAUCACUUCCUUCGAGCCAUCACACUCCUCUGCAGAGAUCAUCUCCAACGCUUCUAAGGGAUGGCUGCACGGGAGAGUGAGUACCUCAACUGGGUACUCUUUGCUCAGUUGGGUGUGGCACCAGAUCAGGGAUAGGAUCGGAGACCCGGUGCGGCGCAGGGUUUUGGAGAUCAAUGAGAGGGUUUACAAAGUCCUCACACUGAGAGUGCUGAUUUAG